AUGAAGAAGUUUUACAGGAGGUCCUCGGCUGAGCCUGAACUUUCUAUUGUCAGAGUACCAUUAGCGGCGUUGACCAUGGAGCCUUCCAACAACUCUAUGAUGUCCCCCAACAACAGUGAUAUGUUCAACAAGUUUGUCCACCUGGACGGAGAGCUAUCGGAGAGAUUUCAUACCUUGUGGAUUGUCCUGGUAGUGAUCAAUACCAUCAUCUUCCUCAUGGGCGUGGUGUUGAACUCUGUAGCGCUCUAUGUCUUCUGCUUCCGCACCAAAACGAAAACCACCUCGGUCAUCUACACCAUCAACCUUAUCGUCACCGAUCUGCUGGUGGGUUUCUCUUUACCCGUCCGGAUCAUUGUCCACUACAGUGCCAAGGACUGCCGCUCCUGUGCCCUCGUCCACAUUUUCACCUACUUUGUCAACAUGUACUGUAGCAUCCUCUUCUUGACUUGCAUCUGCAUUGACCGGUACUUGGCUAUUGUCCAGGUAGAAGCUUCACGCAAGUGGAGGAACCCCAACUACGCCAAGGUCAUCUGUGCUUUCAUCUGGACGUUCGCCACCGUCAUCACCUUCUCCAUCCUCAUCAUGGCCAUGAAGUUCUCCCACUGCUGCAUUGCGCAGAUUUUGCCCUUGAUGGUCUGCGAGUACUUCUUCCCCCUGAUUGUCCUCACGUUCUUCACGACCAGGAUCAUGUGCGCGCUCUCCAAGCCCACUCUCAUGCACCAGAGUAGGGAGAGGCGAAUGCGCGCCGUGCAGCUGCUCAUCACGGUCCUCGUCAUCUUCAUGAUCUGCUUCACCCCCUUCCACGUGCGCCAGCUGGCCAUCGCCAUCAACCCGGCCAUGUCGUACGACCUAAGCUUGGUGGUUUACCACGUGACAGUCACCUUGAGCAGCCUCAACAGUUGCAUGGACCCCAUUGUCUACUGCUUCGUCACCAACAAUUUCCAAUCCACCAUGAAAGGGAUCUUCAGGAAGUCGGAGCUCGAGCAAGCCAGCGGGGAGGUCAUCAGCGUCAACAAAGGGUCCGGAUCAAAUGCGCUCAUGGCGUUUGCCAACGCGAUAGGGAACCCCAUGGGGUUGUCUUUGCCCAGCAACACCGCAAACUCCUAGACUUGAGCGGCCUUACGAGGACAGAGAGGAUGUCUGCUAUUCCUUUGGGCCUAAAACAUUUUUCCCCACUUAAAGCAUCGUAGCUGGGUUGCAGAAUUUUUCAAGCUCUCCAAUGACACACACUUGAGUUUAUUUAUGGCAGCUGGUGUUGUCAUCUGGGAAAUUACUUGGAUUGCAUUUGGAAUUCCAGAUACUGAAGAGUUUCCCCAAUUCGGGAAUUUACAGAGAAAGGAACGCACCCAGCGCUGUACUUUGCUAGCGUAGAAAGCAUAGAAUAACAGAGUCAGGAGGGAC